ACAUUGUUGUCAUUUGUUUGACAGGCCAGUGGCCAGAAGUGUGUAAAGAUUAAUUUCUGUUUUAUUUUACCCCAAAGUCUAAUAAAAUUUUAUGAAUGCGUAGCGCGGCCUAUAAUAUGGCUCGGUAUGGCCAGAGACCGGAGAAUGCCCUUAAGCGGGCGAAUGAGUUUAUGGACUUGGACAAGCCAGCUCGGGCCCUAGACACUUUGCAGGAAGUGUUCCGGAAUAAAAAAUGGGCCUACAACUGGUCAGAAUCCGUUUUGGAACCCAUAAUGUUCAAAUAUUUGGAGCUAUGUGUAGAUCUGCGCAAGUCUCAUAUUGCAAAGGAAGGCCUAUUCCAGUACAGAAAUAUGUUUCAAUCCGUGAAUGUUGGAUCUUUGGAACAAGUUAUAAGAGGUUAUCUACGUAUGGCAGAAGAGCGCACGGAGGCCGCGCGGACGCAGUCAACGCAAGCUGUUAUAGAUACGGAUGACCUUGACAAUCUUGCCACGCCUGAAAGUAUCCUGCUGAGUGCAGUGUCAGGAGAAGAUGCGCAGGAUCGCUCUGAUCGGACCAUAUUGACACCAUGGGUGAAAUUCCUAUGGGAGUCAUACUGCCAGUGCCUUGAACUGCUCCGUACUAACGCACACGUGGAAACUCUCUACCACGACAUCGCACGAAUGGCUUUCCAGUUCUGCCUUAAAUACUCGCGAAAAACUGAGUUUAGGAAACUAUGCGAUAAGCUCAGAAAACAUCUUGAAGAUAUUUGCAAAGCCAAUGUCCAAACUGGCAAUGUAAGCAUUUCUAAACCAGAAACACAACAACUUAACUUGGAAACCAGACUGUUCCAACUGGAUAGCGCUAUACAGAUGGAAUUAUGGCAGGAAGCCUAUAAAGCAAUAGAGGAUAUCCACAAUCUAAUGAACAUGUCAAAGAAGACACCCGUAGCAAAAACCAUGGCUAACUACUAUGGGAAACUGGCCUUGGUGUUCUGGAAAGCAGGUCAUUGCUUGUUCCACGCCGCAGCACUUCUGAAGCUGUUUCAACUGUCCCGAGAGAUGAAGAAGAAUAUUACACAAGAGGAAUUGCAAAAAAUGGCUUGUCGAGUUCUGGUGGCAGUUUUAUCAGUGCCGCUUCCGUCUCUACAUCCUGAAUUCGAUCGCUUCGUAGAAACAGACAAGAGCCCCGUGGAGAAGGCUCAAAGGCUGGCCGUGUUACUCGGCCUGGCCCAACCGCCAACGAGAGCUAAUUUGCUUAAAGAUGUUGUCCGAUUGAACGUCGUGGCGUUGGCUUCGCCGCAGCUGCAACAACUGUAUUCUUGGCUCGAGGUGGAAUUCGACCCGUUGACCAUAUGCCAGAAUGUGCAAAGUGUUGUCAAAUCGCUCCAGGAUGACCCUAAUUCCCAACUAUCACAAUAUACCACAGCUCUGACCGACGUAGCUUUAGUACGUCUGAUACGUCAAGUGGCCCAAUGUUACGCUUGCAUCCAGUUCGCGAGGCUUCUAGAGCUUGCUUCCACCGAGGACCUGUUCCACAUAGAGCGCCUGCUGGUAGACUGCGUUCGCCAUAACGACAUGCAGAUACGCGUGGACCACGCCAACAAAUGCGUGCACUUCGGAGUGGAGGCGGGCGGUGGGGAAUGGUGCUCGGCCGCUGACGAAGCGUGCGGUGGAGCCAUCCUACAGGCUACACCCGCUGAACAGGUUCGCGAGCAACUAGUCCGCGCGGCUGAAGUGCUGUCCCGAGCUGCGCAGGCGCUGUACCCCGCUCGCCGCCGCGCCGAGCGCGAGCGAGCACGCCUGAGCAUGGUGCAACACUACCACGAGAACAAGCACACAGAACACCACCGGGUGUUGCAACGCCACAAGAUCAUAGAAGAGCGCAAGGAGUACAUCGAGCGACUCAACACUGUGCGCGAGGAGGAGGAGCUACGACGUCAAGAAGAACAACUCCGCGCCGCCGCAGCGGCCGAAGCGCGUCGUUUGGAGCAGGAGAGAGAGGAGAGAGAGAAGAAACGACACGCGUCCGAGCUAGCGGCGAUGCGUGAGAGACAUCUGCGCGAACGAAUUGCGCACAUCUCUCAAACAAUGCAUGGAAAGAAGGUUCUACAGAAGCUUGAUGAGGAGGAUUUGAAGAAGAUGGACGCUGAAGCAAUUGCUCAGCGCGAGGCCGAAGAACUGAUGAAAGAACGCCGUGAGCUGCAAGCUCGUCUUAAGUCUCAAGAGAAAAAGGUGGACUAUUUCGAGCGCGCCAAACGGUUAGAAGAGAUCCCACUUCUGCAAAAAAGUUUGGAGGAGAAACAAGUCCAGGAUAAAGCAUUCUGGGAGCAACAGGAGAAGGAACGCAUUCAACAGCUUAUUGAGGCCCGGACCCGCGACGUGGCAACCGCUGGCCGCUUGGUGCGGAUGGCCGUCCACCGCGAUCAGUUCAUGAACAGACUGAGUUCGGAACGUGGCGCUGCGUAUCACCAACGCCUGGCCGCCUUCCACGCCAAGAUGGCUGCCGAGCGCGAGUCAAGGCUCGCGUUGCGUCGCCAACAACGUCACGAGAAGCGACGAGACGAGUGGCUAGCAGAAAAACACCGCAUAGAAGAGGAGGCAGCAGAAGAGGCGAGGAAGAUCGCGGAGGAACAAGAAAAACUGGAGAAAGAGAGAAAACAUCAAGAAGAGCUCAUCGCGUUGCAAGAGCGAAAGGAGAGGGAGAAGAAGGAACACCAAGAAAUGCUCGCUCGCGCUGAAGCUAGGGCCCGUGCACUGGAGGCGGAGGUGCCGCGGAAGAUAGACGACCCGAAGUCUUCCUCGCUCAGCAGCUGGCGUCGCGGCAAGGAGGACAAACCCCCAGCGGCACCAGCCAAAGAGCCAGAGAAGAAGGAACCCUGGCGCGCUACUCGUCUUCGAGAACCCGUACGCGACGAUCGGCCGCAUUCUCCACUUCGCGCUCGCGAUGAACAUCCCCCACCAGCCCGAGAUGAAAGACGCGACGAUAAACCACGUGAAGAACGAACCAUCAGAGAUGAACGUCCCCCGAGAGACGAUCGUCCACUGAAAGAUGAUCGUCCUAUUAGAGACGACCGCGAGCCGAGGGACGAUCGUGGCCCAAGAGACGACCGUACUCUGAGAGAUGACCGUCCUCCAAGAGAAGAUCGUGGCUUACGAGACGAACGUGGCCCAAGAGACGAUCGCAGUAUAAGAGACGAUCGUGGUCCGAGAGAAGACCGCGGCUUCAGAGAUGACCGUGGCCCUAGGGAUGACCGUGGAUUUAGGGACGAUAGGCCAAGAGACGAUAGGCCGCGCGACGAAGGUGGCUGGCGGUCUGGCAACCGUGAUGUUGACAGGGAUAGAGAAAGGCCACGCUAUGUCGGCCGUUCCAGUGGCCCCGAGACUGGAAGUUGGAGACGCGGCCCCGCAGAACCACCACCAGCGCCCGCUGAGCGUUCGUCCGCGUGGCGUUCGAAGGAUGCACCGCGCGACGAUCGCCGCGACGACCGCGAUCGCUUCCCACCGAGGAGGGAUGAGCGCACCGAUCGCGAAGGCUUCAGGGACCGAGAACGCGAUCGCUUCCCACCGCGACGCGACGAUCGCGACCCGCCGAGAAGGGACGAUCGGGACGGCCCACGUCGUGACGACCGUGAUGGUCCGAGACGUGAUGAUCGCGAUGGUCCGCGACGCGAUGAUCGUGAUGGUCCACGCCGCGAUGAUCGCGACGCACCGCGACGCGACGACCGCGAGCGUCGUCCGCCGCCACCACGACGGGAAGAUAAACCUCGUGAUGCCGAUGACGACUGGCAGCAAGUCACCAAGCGUUAAGCGAAAUGGAUUUCGUUAAUAAUUGUUAAGGGUUCAGCAGUUUCAACAUAAUAUAAAGUAAAAAAAAACAUAUUAUAUUUUUACUUAUUUGACUUCCGUGCGUUAGCCGUCGUAUUUAGGUAUUUUAUAUCUUUCUUUCUUUUGAAUUACUUUCUUCCGAUAGCAUAACCUCGUAAAACAAAUCGCCACGGUAGGAAAAAUGCCUGUCAAAUACGACAUGGCUUUACCAUAGAUUCGACUAUCCGAGAGAGAUUAUCGACUUAAAACCAACUCGACUUAAUUAGUAGCAUAGUAAUCUGAGCUAUAUGUUAUUUGACAUAAGACAAACUUUUAAAUAUAUGUCAGUCGUAUACGACGUUGUUGACGAUCUGAGCUACGCGUCACUUUAUCUUAUUCUAUAUAGAAUAGCGGGUGAAAUGAGAUAUGGAUAAAAUAUACUUAAGAGAAGUUGUACCUAGACGAAGUCACGUGGAAUCGCCAUUUAUUAGAUUGUAUAAUCCACUAGCGAUCCCCCGCGACUUCGUCUGCGUAUGAGUCAACCUUAAAAGACAGACAUGCUGUCGAGGACUUUUUUUUUAGAACUUUGAAGAAACUUUUUUUGGCGCAUCUAACCUUGUAACGCAUGGCGAUUAUCGGAAGCCCUCAAAGGAAUAUUUUUCCGUUUUUUUCAAUAUUUUUAAUUGAAGCUCCGCUCCUACUGAUGCUUGAUGUCAUAUAUAUAUAUAUAUAUAUAUAUAUAUUUAUAUUUAUAUAUUUAUGAAGCCUUCCUCGAUAAAUGCAGCACAAAAAGAUUUUUCCAAUUCGAAACAGUAGUUCCUAAGAUUAACCCGUUCAAACGAACAAACUCUUCAAAUUUAUAAUAUUAGUAUAGAACUAUACAUUUGAAACUACCGGUUUAAUAUACAAAUCUGCUGGACCCUGAAUCAUGCUAAUUUUACAAUUUUAUAUGCCAUUUUUCUUUAGCCAUAGUCCGUGUGUUCUGUAUUGUUACAAAUGCUUUCCAUGUAUGUAGGGCUAAAAAUUGCAAUGUAUCUAAUGUUACAUAAAAUAUGCAUUAUUCAUCA